AUGCGUUUCUCACAGAUCACGUUGGGCGGAUUCGUGACAUCAGCAGCUGCCACGAACCUGUGGGUUUCUUCAUACGGAGGAAAUAUUACCUCGGUGCAAUUAAGUCAGUCGCCGAAUGGAACAUAUUCGCUGAAGCAAACGUCGUUCAAUGAUGAAUCAUCCGAUCCCUCUUGGUUGACCAAGGAUCAGUACAAUGACAUAGUCUAUUGUGUUGAUGAGGGAUUCGACAGCCCCAACGGCACCAUCUCUUCGUACAAAACGUCGCCCUCAGGUGAACUUACCUUAAUUGACCGCCACAUCACCAUUUCUGGCCCCGUAGCCUCAGUUCCCUACAAUGGUGGGAAGGCACUCGUAGUUGCCCAUUAUUCCGGGUCAGGAGUCAGUAGUUGGACCAUCAACGCCAAUGGCUCACUUACCCCCAUGCAAUCAUUCCUUUUCACGCUCGCAAAGCUUGGCCCCAACCCAGCCCGCCAGGAAGCUCCCCAUCCACACGAGGUGAUUCUCGACCCAACAGAUUCUUACGUCGCGGUCCCAGAUUUGGGAGCAGAUCUCGUCAGAAUCUUCCACAUCGACCCCCAAACCUCUCUUCUUACAGCUCAAACGCCCAUCUCCGUCCCCCCUGGCUCUGGUCCUCGCCACGGAACAUUCUUAAAGACAGACUCUGGAGCUACCUACUUUUACCUAAUCUCCGAACUUGCCAACACUGUCGCUUCCUACAACGUAUCUUACACACCUACCGGACUUAACUUCUCAACAAUCGCCAUCUCAGGAACGUAUGGAAACCAAACCACUCCCGCCGGGGCCGCAUCCGCUGAAGCCAUCCUAUCCCCCGACCACAAAUUCUUGCUCACAUCCGCAAGAAACGCAACUCUGUUCAGCCUCAAGAACUUUGACCCGAACAAUAGCACCAAGAUCCCCUCGGACACGCUACAAACAUGGGCCAUCGACGACACUACCGGCAAGUUGACUUUCAAGCAACUCUCUCCAUCAGGAGGAUUCUACCCUCGUCAAUUCUCUGUGAAUAAGAAUGGGACUAUGGCUGCUGUUGGACUUCAAGAGGAUGCGAGAGUGGUGAUUGUGAGUAGGAAUACGACGACGGGGCUCUAUGGAGGGUUUUUGGCGAGUAUCAAUCUGCCUGGUGAGAUCACGAGUGUUAUUUGGGAUGAGUAA